AUGUGCAGUGGAGAGAAGGUUGAUAUUGAAAUAUUCAAUCCAGCAGCUCAAAAGAUAUUUGGAUAUAAUCAAACAGAAACGAUUGGCAGAUCAUUGUAUCAAUUAUUUGAAAAGAAUGAGCAAUCGAAAAUUAAAAACCUCAUUGAUGAAAUGUUAGUGAAUGCAGCAAGAGGUGAUUCGAAAGGAGAUUCUAUUGAAUUGGAAUGUAUCAGAAAGAAUCAAACAAGCUUCCCAUCACGUGUCAAUAUUUUUGCCACUCUUCACAAUUCUCAAAGUAUUGUCACUUGUUUCAUUAAGGAUAUUACAACAGAGAAGAAACAUAAUUCAUUAUUGACAGAAGAAAAGAAACAUUCUGAAGAAUUAUUAUUGAAUAUUUUACCAAGUGCAGUAGCAAGUAAAUUGAAAUCAGGAGAAACUUAUAUUGCAGAGAAAUUCAAUGAUGUUUCAUGUUUUUUUAGUGAUAUGGUUGGAUUUACAAAAUUAAGUACUGGAAUUCAAGCAUCUGAAUUGGUUCAAAUGUUGAAUGAAAUUGUAAUUGGAUUUGAUGAUUUGACAGACAAAUAUAAUUUGGAAAAGAUUAAAACGAUUGGAGAUUCAUAUUUUUGUGUGGGUGGAUUACAUGGAUUAAAUGCACAAUCAGAUCAUCCUGAAAGAAUUUUGAGAUUUUCCAUUGAUACAUUUGAUGUUUUACAAAGAUUUAAUUCCAAAUCAGGAAAACAACCAUCUGAACAAAUUAAUAUUCGUGUUGGUAUUAAUACUGGAAGUGUUAUUGCAGGUGUUAUUGGGAGGAAGAAAUUUGCCUAUGAUUUAUGGGGAGAUACAAUUAAUACAGCUUCAAGAAUGGAAUCUAAUUCAAUUCCAGGAAGAAUUCAAAUUUCCAGAUCAACCUAUGAAAGAGUUUAUGAUUUGGGUUUCACUUUUGAAGAAAGACAUUUAAAUGUGAAAGGAAAAGGUGAAUGUAUUGCUUACAUGUUGCAUGAGAAACAUCACACUCCAGCUCUUGUUCCAUCCUUCACUGACAUGUUGAGAACAAGUUUAAACAUUUUACAAAAGAAAAAUUCUGCAAAUCUUGAAACAUUGAAUGAACCCAAAACACCAACAAGAAACAAUGAUAAUAUUACCUUGACAAUCAAUCAAGAAGCCUACCUAUCUCCAAAUAAUACUUUGGAGUAA